CCAAUGAUCAUCUCAAAUCAUGGUCAAGGAACAUGGAUGGUGGCCCUGAAAUGCAACGGGCCAUUUUUAUCGUGGGUGCCCGAUCUGUUUCGAUAUUCCUUGUUCUCAUCACCCUUCAGUUGUUCCAGGGCUUCUUCUCCCUUUUCAUGCCAAAUGACUUCGCUUUGGCUACAACAAUAAUCGGACCAACAUACUACAUCUCAUACCUCCUGAUGAUUAUUCGGGGUCCCUCAUGUGGAAAUCAUGCAAAUUCUCACAAUCGGUCGUUAAACUCCCUUGAAACGAUCACUACGAUAGUGUUCGCGUCCCCAGAGGCAGUUGCAGAAUCCGAUGUGGAAAACUCCCAGACAGAUGCUGGAAGUGUUCUAACCCAAUCUGGGGAUGAUCCACUACCGACCCCCACAACAACAAAAAAUAAUACAGUGGGGCCUGAAAUGCACAUCAUGGCUAUCGGGCCUCACACUGGCGUUCACCCUGAAUCGUUGCGGGGCUGAAUGGUGGCUCUGUCGCGCUCUGCCCAGUUCGGUGUUGGUCAAGGGCACCGUCUGAGAGAACGAACUCAGCUCUUCAGAAACCGAUUUAAGGAGCACGCUGAAAAAUCUUUCUUCCCGAUUUCCUGGAUGCGCUAAUUCCUGAACCAUCGAUUGUCCGCAGUCCGGUCGUUCCUUUCAUUGCU